CUUAAUUGAAAGUACACAAUGCCCUUAACACAUCCAGCCGAGGGGAUUGGAACAAAAACCUCAGCGCCGAGAAUAAUAUUCAUUUGAGAUUAUUUUAGCUCGCCGGAAGCGAUACAAUGCGGCGUUAUAUUCGGCGACGGGUAAAGUGAACUUAAAAUUAACAUUUGCAUAGUCAGCUGAAUCGAAGAUGUACUAUCGACAGGUUUUGCCACAGCAUCUUAUAUUGUUGUUCUUCUUCUGUCCUCGAUCAAGUAAGUAAAAAAUGAAACUUAUUGAUAGCUGUUAGUUUAAAGUUCGUUUUCGCGUACCACUGACGGCUUUUCAUGUUUCUCCGCAUGGCGGUCCUUCUAACUAGAAUGUCGCAGACUUGCUUUCUACGACUUUUUUUUUUUAUCCUCGAUGCUGAAUUUAAAUUAAAAUUGAUAACAUUUAAGACAAGGAUAUAAGUCAUUGCUUCGGGCUGAAUAGCGACUGCCUAUAUUUUGCAGUUUGUAGAGAAGAUCUUGGCGAAAUUUUGUCGAGUCUCGGAAAUGUGCCAUUUGCUUUUUCAAGAAGUACGUGCUUCCCAAAUUUUCAAGCGACAAAGCACCAACAGAACAUGCAAAUAUAUUCUGCUCGCACCCUCGACUGUGGGCAUCUAAUAAGAUUUUAAUAAGUUGUUUUGAAUUUUGACCGUGAGAAUUUAGCACGUGGUUUCACUUGUAAAAAUUUACCAAAAGUUUCCUCGCUUUUUUAGGAUCUAUUUUUUAAUUUUAGUUUAUUAAACUCGCAACCAAGUACUAUGGUUCCGCUGAACAUUAUACUGCCAGUCAUAUACAAUUAUAUCCUUAUAAAACCAUUCUUGUAAUUCACUCUUGGUGAAAAGUUGUUCUUGAUAAUAUUCAGACUGCAAAUUAAAGCGACAUUUGGAGCUGUUGUCGAUAUUUAUGCCGAGCCAUAUUGGUUAACAUAUACACAGUAAGUGUACGCGUGGAUUAUGACAAUUCCGCAAUCACGUAUAUUUAUAAUAUUUGUCGGUUACCGUUUUCUGAAGACUUGCAUAUUUUUAAUCGUUAAUUAACGCAACAGAGUGAAGCUGGCGAAUUGUGUACUCUUCCUCAACAUUUCUCUUAAAUGAAAGGGCUGUUGCGAACGGUUUGCAUUGCCAUCUUGUUGUUUCGAAUAUUUUGGCAACCUUGACCUUGAGAAAGUUUACAUUUUUUAGUAUAUGUUUAAAAUUACAAUACCUGAAGGGAAUCAAAUGAAUGAAAAAUACAUUUUGUUUUGAAAUAACAGUGAUGCAUAUGAAUAAGAUUAUUAAGUUCUUUAGCGCAGCGGUCUUAAGUCACACGAAACUAUACAUGCAGUAAAAAUUGCUUCACGUAUGCGCUGUUGCUUAAAUUAGUUCUAGCGGAAACAGGACUUCACAUACAUUAGAACUGUGUUCUCCCAGUAAACCAGCCGUGACAGGCCUAGGACAUUUGCAAUUCAUGAAAGUUUUAAUUAAAUUCGACCUUCUGCCACCUCAAUAGCGUUUCGUCUUUAAACUCCGCCGAACAGAUUGAUCAAGAUGUAGGCCGCGUUUUCUCUAACCAACUCGACAAGUGAAAAAAAUUACACGUUUCGAAAGAAAAACCGAACAUAUUGGUUUGAAGUGCAUUUACUUAACGGGAGUCGGGGGGGAGAGGGGAGGCUGGAGCAAUACUUGACUUCGCUCGAAAGGAUCAAUUGGCUCGACGGGUUACGCUGGAAAAGCAAAACAGAACUUAUCUGAAAUCGUGAGAUGCAGUUUAGCAUUCAUAGCAUUACUAUUUCUGAACACUGUUUGGUCUGAAAAGAGGUAUGCUAGCGCUAAGGGUAUUUUGAGUAGGGAUGUGUACUUGGUUUGGUGUACGAUGAGCCCUUCCCUCCCCUCCCCUCCCUUCAGUGGUAACAGUGCGUGUCGAGUGGUAUAUUUGGCUCGAGCUCAUGCGAGAGGUACGUGCGUCAAGAACGAGAGCCAAUUAUCUUCUGGUCCGACACGACCAAACUCGGUAGGUCAAGAAGCAAUAGACGAGCGUGGGAAGAUUCUUCUGAAUAAAAAUUUGCCCUUACUUUUCCCGACUCGCAAUUCAUCGAAAACCGCGAGUCAUUUUUCGUUUCUGUUUUCCUCUAACGAUAAUUACACUUUUAGAAUUCACGUUUCGGGAAAAAUUUAAAAAAUAAGAAAAGCAAUACCAGUCCGGACGGCUUUUACCGGACUGGCUCACGCACGUCAACGCGGCCAGCCCUAAUCAAGCAAGUUUUCAUUAUGAUUUUCUAUAGGGUUGCGUAAGCGGGGUUCGACCGGGUCAUUUGGAUAUCUGGGAUCCUUGAUACGUUAUUUUUUCCCUCGUCAGGGUGUUCAUAGGGAACUGUGCUACAAAGCUCCCUUGUAGGACUCUCUUUAGAGCAAUCGCUUAUCGUCUCUCUUACAGGAUGACUCGGGUCCAUAAUCACACAACUAACUUUAAACAGUAGAUUUAAAUAUGGUUUCUAAGGUGCCAUUAGUUUUUUUCCCCAAAGCCCCUUGCUUCUAUCUACCGUUUCCUCCGCCACGCGAUCACGAGGACUCUGGAGACGAGAAUGCGGUGCUAUGGGUCACGCAUGCGGACGUGCGGGGAGAAAAAUGGUCGCCCCCUACUGCGCAUGUUCCGCGCAAAUAAACUGCGGGCUCUUGUAUUCAAGAGAAACGAUGCCUAUCAACUCUUUUCGCUUGCAUCACUUUUUUAUGAACGACGCCUUAUUAAGUUUUGCAUAAAAUUUGAUACCGGCGGAUGUCUGUAAAACGGGCAGGUACCAGCAGAAUAUCUUAAGGCCAAUCAAGAGUCACUGAUGACUCACUGACUUUCAGCUGGACAACACGUAAUAAAUUUAUCUGAAGCGUAACUUAAAAAAUUAAGAAAAAGCUCCACAUUCUGUUUAAUAUAAACAAAAAGAGAUGAAUUCGUCUUUACCGAUAGACUAAAUAUCAAUCACCAUACCUGCAACAUUCGUGCAUACCAGCUGUAAAAUAGGUGAAGAUUACACUUGUCUGGCUCACUUUGGGUGAUGCUGCCAGUAUUAGCGUCCCCCUUAGCAAGCCCGAUAUAACAUUUCCGGUUAUAACCAUGUUCAGCUCUUAGCAAAGCAUUAUUUCAGAAGCAGGCCUACUUGUCUCUUCGUUUUGAGCUGAUUUCUACAAAGAAUUUCAAGUUUGUCGUCAUUUAAAAUGGAAUACUGGCUUAGAAAAGGAUUUGUCAUCGUUUGGAUCAUACUUGCUAAUGUUUGUUUGUGUGAGUAGAUGUUCGCGGGUAUUCGCUUCAAAACAAUCAACAGGCUGACUGUUUGUAGAUCACCUAUAACGUUUAUUCUAAGAAUGAUUUAUAGUAGAUAAAAAUUUGGAAAUGAUUACUCUUAGGAUAGGAGCUAAGCUAGGAAGUGCAGAUCACCGUUGUCUUACGCAACAUGCAGGACCCGUUGCUCAUGAAAAUACGUUCUGUCAAAGCUGUUUGAUUAAUUUAUAAUCAGUUUGCGUUUGAAGUCAUAACAAAACGUUCCUAUGUGUUAGAAAGGAAUGGCCUGCACUCUUCUGGAUAUUUGCAGCAUCUCACUUUUCAAAUUGGUUUCUGUUGUUAGUCGGCCUACACGAGUUGCGGCUGAAGGAAUUUUGAGACAUAAAGGUUUUAGUUUGUUAUGUAAUUGCUCACCUCAGUGUCAGUGAAAAAGGUGGAUAUUUACCUCUACUUCCCUGCAUAAUUUUUUAAUAUUAUUUUGCUAAAUAUAACACUUGCUUCUGCAUGCGUUGUAGUUGUACUAAAGCGCCACCUGUCACAUUGUUUCUCUGACUCAGAUGUUUUCUUAAUUUCAGGUAAAUCGUUGCCGACUCUGGAUAACAAUCGUAUCACUUUACAAUGCUUAGAGAAUUACAUGCUUCUUAAAAUGGACUUGCAAGAUUUACCAAAAAUUGAACCAACUUCACUUCACUUAAGGCACUUUUCUUGCAGACCACAAGUGAUUAACACCAGUGCUUUAUUUCGGGUACCCUUCCGAGGCUGCGGGACAACCCUCGGGAUAGAACUCGAUCACAUUGUGUAUCAAAAUGUUGUGGACAACUCGCAGGAGAUGAACGGAUCACGCAUGGCGGUUAGGCACGCCCCUGAACUGUAUUACCCGUUUGUAUGUCGCUAUCGACAGAAAUACAUUGUUACUUUGAAAGAAGGAAGAGGGACUGAUCAAAACAAUAAAACUGGCCGUGAAAAUAGAAAUCAGACAACAAAAGGUAACGUCUUUAUUCUGAAACUCAGAUGAACUCUUGAAAUUCUGGUAAAAUUUCGGUUGGAUCUUUAAAAUGACAUCAUAUGAUGAGAACUUUCUUAGUGCCGAGUCUUUAAAGUUAGUCCAAAACAAAUCAUUCCCAUGAAAAAUUUAUUCUUCGUUGCUUCGAAGAUUUAAGAGUAAACAGACGUGUGGGACUAUGACCAAGAAAUCAGCAUUGUUUUGAUGUUCCCAUGAUCUGCAAAAAUAUACCACAUAUAUUGUAACUCAAUGGACCGAUUAGCAGUGAUAAGGUGCUGAGUUUUUCUAGGUAGCUCCUCUGAUAAACCUUCUUGAUCUCGGGGUGAUGAAGCGUCUCUAUUCUUUUAUUUUAUCUCAUUUGUCUGUUUAUUUUGUAUCUAUUUCCUGACAAUGUCUCUUUCCGCUUCCAGAUAUUCCUGAGGUUGUGUCAAAUUCGUCAAGCAACACUUCUCCUUGGAUGCAUAACGUAACUUGGCUCACUAUUAUUUUUGAACUUAUGUGGACCUUGCUUCGAAUUGUGCACUAAUCUCUGAUGGACCUGCGGUACCGUUCCACUCUGAAAAUGAGUGUAUCCUCAACCGAGGAACAUUGCCUUUUUGUUUUUCGCUUUUGAUAAGCAAGUGCCUGAGGAUCAUCUGAUUAAGCCAUGGUGUGAUUGUUUCCCACGCUACGUAGUACAUCAUCUUCUUUAAUGGCCUCGGUUGUAAAAAAAAGUAAUGGAUCUUAAAAUCAAGAGUCUUAUCAAGAUUGGUGUGUCUCUUUUUUUGCGGAGAUCACUUUAUUAGAACAAAAUGUGUCUAUUGCAUCAGAUUAAACAUUCAUGAGAUAUAUUAUGCUGGGUGUGGCAAUGAAAUGGAAGUAGAAAUCUGAUCGGUAGUUGCAGGAACCCUGCUUUAUCUGAUCUCUCUGAACGAUGACAAUUUUCAAGCAGUCGUUUUGCAACACAGAGGUGUGCCUCAAAGAACGGUUGUACUUUCAGGUGACCAAUUAACUGCUGUGUUUUCUGCAAAUGUAGCGCUUUUCGUCGGGUAUCAGCUGAAUGUUGGCUUCCCCAGCCAUUGCAAUUAUUUUUUGAUCUAAAUAAUAACCAGGGCAUGUUUGUUAUUA